UCACCUUUUCACCUUGCGAAGCUGCUAUCCCAUACCCAUCUCAAAUUCCGUUGGCCUGUUUCAAGCAUAAAACAAGCUCUGCAAAUUUUACAAGUGUCCAACAUCGCGGACACACGCUACCCCGCUGACGUCACUGUCGAGAACGCUCAGCUGCUACCCAUAAAACAUCACGCCUGCCGCGUUCCUGACUUCAGAUAAAUAGACCGAUAUCUAUCGCGACCGUGCGCGGCCACUAUGACUGAACAAGCAGCCGCAGCAGCAGAGGAGCCAGCUUCGAUACCGCGCUACUUUCGCAACGAUGCCGAGCUAUCACGGCGGGAGCCACACAAGCAGCUGCUAGCCUCGCUCAAUCGCUUGAUCACCGACUAUCCUCCUCAUCAGAUUCCUCCGGGUGGCGGCCUUUACUAUGGACCUAUUUCGGUCGCCUACCUGUUCUAUGCGCUUCACAACAUAUACCCGGACCUGCUCCUGGAUGACUUUCCCAUGAACACUUGGUCUGCCGCGUAUAUCGAGCAGGCACAGGCCAACAUCAAGAAGUACAAGGGACCUUCUCCGAGCAAAUGUGGCGUGAGCGACGAUAUAAUGGCUCUGCUGGCCCUGUACGCCGUGACUGCUAAAGACCCGGAGACCGUGAAAGAACUUUGCGAUUUUGCGGCUGUAACAAUCGAGCCGGAGGCGUCCAACGAGUGGCUCUACGGCCGUGCGGGUUAUCUUUACCUGCUACGACUGGUCCGUGGAGCUUUCACCGACAACAAGGAUAUUACCGAGUUGAUUGAGGAUACCACGGACGAAGUUAUUGACAACAUUAUGGCCAGCUCACGCCCGUGGAAGUGGCACGGCAAGGCGUAUGUCGGUGCUGCCCAUGGAGCCAUCGGUAUCAUUACGCAGAUUGUUCUUACCGAUGAUACAUGGGCACCAAAGCUUGAGGCCGAAUUGGGCGCACUGCUCAGCUACCAGUACGAGAGCGGUAAUUUUCCGUCCUCGCUGCCUCCAGGGCGGGACCGACUGGUUCAAUUCUGCCAUGGCGCACCUGGCGUUAUUGCUUCGCUGGUCUCAAUCAAGAAGUACUUCCCAAAGCUAGAAGAGCGUAUCGAACGUGUCAUUGCGAAAGGCAGGGAAUGCAUCUGGGAAAGAGGGUUGUUGACCAAGGAGCCAUGUCUGUGCCACGGAAUCAGUGGAAAUGCCCUAGCGCUGGACGGAGAACGCUUCGAGCAUUUCCUGACCUACACUACCGGUGGCGAGAUCAAGUCCAUGGCUAAAGACGGUAUGUUACAGAAGGCGAAUGACCCUUCUGCGCUGUGGUGCGGCGAGGCUGGUCGUGCAUGGGCGUGGGCAGUUGCCGAUAAAGGACUGGAGAAGAGAUUUCUAGGUUACAACGAUAUUUAAACGCAGCGAGGGCGAAUUACAAAGCUUGCCAUGGGGACACGAUGUAACGAGGACACGAUGCGACGAAUUUCUGUCGAAGGCGCAGCACGGACUAUGAAGAUUCAUGUUUUUACAUUGGUAUGUGCAACAGCUCCAUAGCGUACGGACGACCACUGGCUGGAGCCAGCAGAUAUGAUUCCCACUCCCGGGCUUACGGCUACUAAGUUUGCUGCUCCUGUUUUCACUGAGUGUAUCACCAAGCAUUGAGGUAGCGUUGACGAACCAAGAAAAUCUCCCGGAUUUUGUCCUUUCUGA